AUGAAAAACGAUGCGACCGAGGCCGCGCUCGGUCUGCUUGGUCUCUCUGAGUCGCCCACCACAGCCCAUCACGUCUUUUCGCCCCUUCCGCACCCUUCGACGGCAGCCCCGAGCUCGACAACGACGGCGCCGACGAUACCGAGGAAGAGACCUUUUCCUGCAUCGUUUGAUAGGCCGAAGAGCAUUUCAGAAACUGGGGCGUCUGGGAGUACUUCGGCUUUGUCCUCGACUUUUGCGUCGACCUCGACGUCUCACCACAACCAUCCACAACCACAACAUCGACCGCCGCCUUCGCCCGCGCUAUCCAAACGAUCACCAGCACCCUCUUCCUCCUCUAAGUCACGUCAUUACGCUGCCUCGAGCUCAUCGGGCCUCCCUAGGCCGGAAGAAGCGUCGACGGAUGCUAUCAACUGCAUCUGUGGCUUCACCUUCGACGACGGCUUCUCCAUCGCAUGCGACAAUUGCUCCAGGUGGUGUCAUGCAGCCUGUUUUGAGAUUACGGACCCGAGUCAGGUACCAGAAGAAUGGCAUUGUUGGGUCUGCGCGGGGACGAAAGGCGUGGAUCGAGAGAAGGCAAGGAAGGUACAGAGGGAACGGUUGAAAGCUAUGCAGGCUGGUGCAAUGGCGGCUAUGAGAGACGGAGGUGGCGGGAUGGCGAAUGGGCAUGGACACGGGAAUGGACAGGGAUAUGGCGCGAGGGAGACGAGUCCGGGCACGCAGCAGCAGAAGAAGGCGAAACGGAGACGGGCGUCUGUUCAUCAGGACCAUCCUCAGCCGACACAAGUCGACGAGGACGAGCAUGUCGAGAUCGAGGAGCCGCCGCCGACGUCGAGCUAUGUCCCAAUUACCCACAAUAUCUUUCCCAAUCCGGAGACGAAGGAUAGGCUGCGUCGACAGGCUCAACAUUGGCGCGGUGUCACGGCUCUCAGUUCCCCAUCGUCGCCGCCACCCGCCACACAUCCCUUCGAUGCAUCGCCAGUCCAUUUUUCGUCACUACCAUCAGUCGCCUCGACAUCUAUUCACCCAAUUCGUUCGGACUCGUUGCCUGCCCACAGCGUUCUGCCACCGACAUACGCCACUCUCGCCACUUCCCCCAUCCCAUCCACCUCUUUCAUCACUCCAUUCACGUCGACCGUCAUCCCAUCGUCUUCCUACCUCUCUGAUCCACUCAACGCUUAUGCCCACCACGGCAUGCCGAAACCGUUCGUACACCUUCUCGGACCGCCACUCGACGUUGCAUUGGACGCACGAGUCGCAGGAGACGAAGGGAGGUUCGUCAGGAGUGGAUGUCGACCGAAUGCCGUUCUGAGGCCUGUGAUCUGUGAAGAGAGUAAGGAGAGGGAGAGGGGGCGGGAGAAGGUUCCAGCGGUGGAGGAGGGGGAGGAACCGUUGACGUUUGGAGUAUUUGCGUUGAGAGAUUUGAAGGCGAAUGAAGAGGUUGUUUUGGGUUGGGAGUGGGACGACGGGAAUGCGAUCCAUGCGUUGCCAGCGCUCAUCGAAACACCGCAUCUUUUCUCAUUCUCGCACCACAACAGACCACACCAAAUCACCCACCUCCGCACGCAGAUGACCCAUAUUCUUCACUCCCUCACAUCAACAUUCACCACCUGCGCCUGUGGCUCAAAGUCGAAAGAUUGCGCCCUUCAAAUGAUGGCCGCGUUCGUAGACGGAGAUAUUCCCGCUCCGUCCGAAUCCAUGUAUCCUCCGCAUGCAUACCAUCCCUCGUAUCCGACCUCCCACUCCUCUCCGCAGAAACGCCCGGGUGUGAACGGACGCGACUCAAACCAUCCUCCUCCCCAGUCGCCGUACACGCCACAGACGCCACAUUUCAGCCAUCCAUGGCUGAACAACUAUCAUAACCCGACACCGACGCCAACAACGCCUUUCCCGCAUUCGCCACUCGUCCCCGAUUCGUACGUUCAGCCGCCGCACCUGUAUCGUAAACCUCAUUCGACAACCACAUCGACCUCAUUUCGACCACCAUCCGCCGGCCCGUCGAGUUCCAAAUCGCACUCCCACCGUCUGAACGCGAAUCUGGACGUCGCGGGCCCGUCGAAUGCAAACGUUGACCUAGGGCCGUUAGUAGGUACCCAGCGCGGGUUCAGGACACGCGAGAGGGGUGUCGAGGGGUGGAGUGGCGGGAUGGAGGGAGUCGAGAUGGUACCACCGUCCGAGUCAGAGUCGAGGGAGAUGCCGGAGGUGAUGGUGAGUCCUGCGACGCCGAGCAGAGAUGUGAAGGGGAAAGGGAAGAGUGUGACAAGGGGGAAAAGUACGGAAAAGGGCAAGGAGAAAGCGCGCGAGGGAGGGUUGGAUGGUGAUGUGGAGAUGAGUGACCAGACUGGGGCAGGUAAUGGCGUCUCAGACCUACCCGCACACCGUCGGCGUCGUCGGUCUUCAAGAUCACGUUCCGGAUCGGUUUCUUCGCUCAUGGAUGAGGAUAAAGAGGGUGAUAACGGGAUGGACGCGAGUGAGAUGCCGGAGAGGAUGCCGCCGAAGAUGAGGAAGGGGUGGAUUCGGAAGACUGUCCCUGUCGUGGCCAGCGGGAAGCAGUCUGUCGAAGGGUUGGAUCAAGGCAAGAUCAAGCAGAAGGAGGGGGCUGUCGGUAUGGAUGCCGAAAUGGAUGGUCCGAUAUCAACAAUAUCAACGCCGACGCCGACAGCGAGCACCAUGCCCCCUCCUCCGGCCCCUAACCCGACCACCGCCGUCCCAUCCUCACCUUCUCCUUCGCUUUCACCCGCGUACAAGCCUCACCCCGCCACACAUCUUCACCCAUCCGAUAGACGCUCCUCCGACCCACUUUCCUAUCCCAUCUUCGCACCUUCCAGCGGCACGCCCGAUUCCAACCUGACAAUGAGUGGCCAUGCGAUAGCACCGGCGCCGGCCUCAGUAACCGCUACACCGUCACCGACGGCUCAUUUCGCGAUGCUCUCGUUGACCUCACCACAGAUAUCAUUCGGCAGUUCGACGACACAGAUUAUGGCCGGAACAGGGUCGCCCCCGCAGACGAGAUCUCCACCCCGAAUUCUAUCGUUCAAUCAAUCCUCAUCGCCUCUGUCCACGGCCCCUUCUUCACACCCUGUCGCUGAAUCGAUCACGACCAAAUCGCCCCCGCCACAGAGCGAGCUUGAGUCGGAGGUGGAAGAGGUUGGGGAUGGUCGAGAGGUGGAGGGUGAUACCAGUAUGGAGUCGGUUCCGGAGAACGAUGCGAAGGAGGAGGGUGCUAUGGAUGUGGACGGAGACGGCGAUAAGGCUGUGGAGCUUGAAAAAGCGGGGAGUCCACAGUCGCUGGCUAAGGUCGAGCCGUUCCGGAGGAAGGAGGCAUUGUCGGGUGGGCAGUUGGAAGGGGUUCGGGAACCAGAGCAGUCUAUGCAGGAGGAGUCACCACCGGAACAAUCUCCUCGGACUCAGGAUACGACUGCACCCACUGCCACGAUAUCCAAUCCACAACCGCCAAUUCCGAUUAAUCCUAUCGAGCCUCCCAUUCUCAAAUCUCCUGCCUCACCCCACGUCGUCCAUUCCGUCUCUCACUCGUCACCACCGUCGCCAUCCACGCCUACCCAUAUUCCUCCUCCACACAAUCACGAACGGCUCGAUGACGGUGAAGAUGCCGUGAUGGAUGGUGGUAUGCUCGAAGCGGGAGACGGGCGAGGAAUCGUCUUGGCCUCGAGUCCUCUAUCGGCUCCAUCUACUCUUUCUCCGCAGAGGGACAGGUCGAAAUCUCGAUCUCCGUCGCCGCCGAGUGCGGAACGACUUUUUUCUCCUCGACAAACUAAUGCCACCCAUGAUCGUGCUUCUCCUGAGCAGCGUGACACAUCACCGUUACCGGGAGCGCAUUCGCCUCGUCAACGGACCCCAAUGGGACCUAGAGAUCGGAUUACCACCCCUCCACGCGAGCAUAUCACUACCCCUCCACCAGACCAUACCGCUACCCCACGCGAACGAACUCCCUCUCCACCACGAGAACGAACCGCCAGUCCUCCACAACCCGCGCGAACGCCCACGCCUCCGCCACCUCCGAAAGUCAAGAUGUCGCUCAAGGAUUUCGCGAUGCGGAAGAAGAAGCAGAGGGAAGAGGAGGAGAAGGAGAUGAAGGAGCGCGGUCUUACGCCGGUCGUUGAGUCUCCAGCAGCGGUGGAAGAGAGAAGGCCGGACGAGGGGCGGAAGGACACGGAUGGCGAGAAGGAGAAUCGGGUGCAGGGUUCGGAGGUGAGGUACAAUGGUAACGGUAACGGCAUCGGAGGGGGAGGGGCGAUUAAGACGAACGGAAUGGUUUCGCUGGAGCUUAUGAAGGAUGUGUUGGCAAUGGAUGUUGAUGACGACGAGGAUGACAACGAGAAUCAGGACUCGUUCUCGUCUACGGAUAGGCCUUGGUCUCCGCCGCCGCCGAGGUCGCUUUCGCUUCCAACGAUUGAGAAGACUGUGCUCCCACCACCGAUAUCCAGUCCGUUGAAGAACGCGCAUGUCUUCGACUCGAGAGAGGCCAAAGCCGAGGCUGUGGAGGCUGCCACUGUUCCAAUACCUCCGACGAUUCAGCCGUCAUCGUCAAACGGGGUCAAUGGCCAUGGCACUCGCGAUCUCGACGACGACGACGAGGUUGACUACCUCGGCUCAAUUACAUCGUCGCCUGCACCAAACCCUCGUGCGCUUUCACCACCUCAUACUUCUCCGAUGGCCUCUCCCGACGCGUCGACCUGGCGCGACAGAGAAAAGCCCAUCCCGCCGUCUCGACAGUCGACUCAGGAAGAAGGCGAAAUCGUGGCCAACUCGACGGCGCCCAAUACUCGUGCUUCGACACCGUCAACUUCCGCUCCCUCUGGACCUUCUUUCCCGUCAAGGCCACCGCCAUCUGCUCCACGUUCGUUCAAGCUUGGUGGGCUCUCGCCUUCUCAUCUUCCUUCGUUACCCUUCGCAGCUCGAAGCAGUGCUCCUUCGUUGAGUCUCCCUCAGCGUCCGUUGCUUCCACCUGGUUCGAGACCGUUACCAUCUGGUCCGCGAGCUCUGAGAGCUGCUGCAGCUGCGAGUUCGGCGUCAUCGCCUUCGAUUCCUGGUCGUACUUUUGGUUCUGUUGGGGUCAGUGGUGGUGGUGGAUUCGGGUUCGGGGGUGUCCCGAGGGGCCCUAGCGCUGAUCGGGAUAGAGAACGUGAACGUGAGAGGGAAAGGGAGAGAGAUGGGAAGGAUAGAAAGGAUCUGGGUCUUAGUUCGAGGGGCCGGACCACGGGUGGUUGGUCGAGAUAG